AUGAUUACAACUACGGCGAACGAGAACCUCCUUCAACCCUCGAGCAUGACCGAAACCGUAUCCGGCGCUCCGGCAACUGCUGCCCCCGAAAACACAUCCCGUUCAAGAGGUCCGCGGCGAGGUCGAGGACGCGGCAACCGUUCGCAUCGUCGCCCACAGAAUCAGGCUCAGGCACAGAACUCGGCGCAGAAUGCUGAGUCGAUGAAUGGCGCACAACCGCCAUCUCAGCCAGCUCAGCAAACGCACGAACCGCAACCCAAUGGCGAGUCCACGCCGAAUCAACCUCAGGACGCACCUCGUUCGCGAAGAGGCCCACGCGGAGGGAGACGAGGAGGUCGGGGUGGAAACACACAGGUCGAGACGAGUCGGCGACCGGGGCGAGGAAGGGGCGCGGAUCAAAUGGUAUCGAACAUCGGACGGCGAUUCGAGGGACGAUUGACGAAAUGCGAACGAACCUCCGAGGACGACGGGCCGGACGGCGGCGAAGACCCGAAGGAUCUGGAGCUUAGGGCCGAUGCGCCUGUCUUCGUGCCGGGGGGACCACAGAACGGAAGUGCAGUGGAAGGACCCCCGUCGAACACUACAAACGCGGCUGGGAAAGUGAAGGGAAAAGCGAAGGCGAAGACCCCGCAACCUCGAACGCCGAAGGUUACGACAAAAUCAGUUGCCCCGGACAUUGCCACGCGGAUUCACGAGGAUAUUGCGCACAAUCUCUACGAGUGUCCUAUUUGUACGGCCGAGUUGGGCAAGAGGUCGCGUAUCUGGUCCUGUGACUUGUGCUGGACCGUUUUCCAUCUGAGUUGCUGCUCCUCGCGCCUGGCGCUGUCCUGGCUGUAA